CAGAGAGCCCAGGCAAAACCCUUCCUUGGCUGGCUUGACGGGCGGCGGCGGCGGCGAUGCGGUUCACGGCGUCUCCGGUGGUGGAGCUGCCGGUGGGCGGCGCCGUGCUGAGCUUCGAGCAGGACAACGACUCCUUCGAGGUGGGCACCUCCGUCUGGAACUCCUCGCUCGUCCUCGUCAAGUUCGCCGAGCGCUGCCUCGGCGACGAGGCGCUCCCCUUCGCCGACGCGCUCCGCUUCGAGGGGGCCCGCGCCAUCGAGCUCGGCGCAGGGUGCGGCCCCGCCGGGAUGGGGCUCUCCCGCCUCGGCCUCGCCGACCUCGUGCUCACCGACACCGCCGCCGUCCUCCCGGCCCUCCGCCGGAACCUCCGCCGCAACCGCCGCCACCUCCCGCGCGCGCCCCGCCUCGCCCAGCUCCACUGGAACUGCCCCGCGCACCUCGCCCAGCUCGCCGCCCCGCGCCGCUACGACCUCGUCGUCGCCGCCGACGUCGUGUACGUCCAGGAGUCUGUGCCCCACCUCGUCGCCGCCAUGGACGCGCUCGCCGACGCCGAGCGCGGCGUCGUGCUCCUCGGCUACCAGAUCCGGUCCCCCGAGGCGCACCAGGCCUUCUGGGACGCCGUGCCCGCCGCCUUCCCGGUGAUCGAGAAGGUGCCCCGGGAGCACCUUGACCCGGAGUACGCCUUCGAGGAAUCCGACGUGUUCGUGCUCCGCAGGAGGCCGCGGCAGUGAGAUUUUGCUCUAUUGCGUCAGUCAUUUACAUAGCAGGGGGUGUACUUGUGGACAAAACGUCAAGGAAAGAAGAGUUCAAGGUCAAGUUGGUCUUGUCUGGUGGCAAGGUGAGUGUAUUGGAGGUUGUUCUGGUGCAGGCUGAGCAGAUGAGGAAGGACCUCAAGUCAGUGAGAAGGGGAUGAUGAUAUAUGUGCAGGGGAUAUUCGAAACACGGGCAAUAGCUUUGAUAUAUGUGAGUAGUGCUUUCAUGUGAUGCACUGCACUGCAGCCUAACUGUAGUUUGUGUGCCAAAGCCGUUUUCUCUCCCUGGUUGUAGCUUGGGGUUUUCGUUUCUCCGACCCAUAUACUAUAAUAAUUUUGCUUAACAAAGACCAGGUCCUGAUUAGCCAAAA